AUGUUCAGGAAGACCGACACUAUCGAAAAUUACGAUGAGCCGCUAUGGGAAGCAAUCAAGAAUGAGGAAGUUCGUCAAGAAGAGCAUAUCGAACUGAUCGCUUCCGAAAACUACACUAGCGCGCGAGUUCUACAGGCUCAGGGUUCGGUACUCACGAACAAGUAUGCCGAAGGUUAUCCAGGCCGGCGCUAUUACGGUGGUUGCGAGUUCGUCGAUGUGGCGGAAAAUCUGGCGAUUGAAAGAGCAAAACAGCUAUUUGAUGCAGACUAUGUAAAUGUCCAGCCGCAUUCCGGCUCGCAGGCAAAUUCUGCAGUCUACAUGGCACUGGUUGAGCCACAUGACACGGUGCUUGGGAUGAGUUUGGACCAUGGCGGUCACUUGACGCAUGGCGCUAAAGUCAAUUUUUCUGGAAAAAUCUAUAACUCAGUUCUGUACGGAGUCGAUUCAGAAGGCAUCGUCGACUACGCACAGGUCAGCGACCUUGCGGAUGAACACAAGCCCAAAAUGAUCGUUGCGGGAUUCUCGGCCUACUCCAGAAUUAUGGAUUGGGACCGUUUUCGCGAGAUUGCCGAUCGUGUCGGUGCCUACCUGUUCGUGGACAUGGCCCAUGUAGCCGGACUGGUUGCAGCCGGUUUGUACCCGAAUCCGGUAUCGAUUGCGGAUGUCACUACCACAACGACACAUAAAACUCUGCGCGGCCCGAGAGGCGGAUUGAUACUUGCACGCAAGAACGAGGAAAUUCAGAAGAAACUCGCUUCAGCAGUGUUCCCGGGCGGACAAGGCGGGCCGAUGAUGCAUGUUAUUGCUGGUAAGGCGGUUGCGUUCAAGGAAGCUCUCGAACCCGAAUUCAAAGAAUACCAGCAGCAGGUGCUGGAUAAUGCCCGAGCGAUGGCUGCCGUUUUUAUGGAACGAGGUUACAAAGUCGUCUCUGGCGGUACCGAUGAUCAUCUGUUUUUGCUUGAUCUGAUUGGUAGGGAUGUGACUGGCAAAGACGCCGCUGCGGCACUCGGAGAAGCCAAUAUUACCGUUAAUAAGAAUACUGUUCCGAACGACCCUCGUUCUCCUUUUGUCACCAGCGGACUGCGAAUCGGUUCCCCAGCCUCGACCACCCGUGGUUUCAAGGAAGAGGAGAUGAGUACCUUGACUCACUGGAUGUGCGACAUUCUUGAUGAUGUUCAAAAUGAAUCAGUCAUCAACGACAUCAAGAGUAAAGCAGUGAAGAAGUACUCUAUCUUCAGUUUGGCCCGGCAUGCACUCAGCCAGCACUCGAACUGGCAGCGUGCGUGGCGAGACCCUGAGCCGAAACAAUCUUAUGAUGUAGUUAUCGUCGGCGGUGGCGGACAUGGUCUUGCUACUGCUUACUAUCUCGCAGCCGAGCACGGCAUCACCAAUGUUGCAGUAGUCGAAAAAGGCUGGAUUGGAGGCGGGAAUACCGGUAGGAAUACAACCAUCGUUCGAUCCAACUAUCUGUGGGAUGAAGCCGCACAUCUUUAUGAAAAAUCCCUGGUGUUGUGGGAGUCGCUAUCGCAGGAGCUGAACUUCAACGUCAUGUUCAGCCAGCGCGGCGUGAUGAAUCUUGGCCACAACCUGCAGGAUAUGCGAGACAUUUACAGGCGAUCCAACGCCAAUCGUUUGAACGGAAUCGACAGUCAGGUUCUUUAUCCGCAGGACAUCAAGAAGCUCAUUCCAGUCAUCAACACUUCGCCGAACGCCAGAUAUCCAAUUUUGGGUGCGUCGUUUCAACCUCGUGGUGGGAUCGCUCGCCAUGAUGCCGUUGCGUGGGGAUUUGCGAGAGCAGCGGAUAGCAGGGGAGUCGAUAUUUUGCAGAACUGUGAGGUGACUGGAAUUCGUAGAACGAAUGGCGUAGUAGAAGGAGUCGAAACUACUCGUGGCUUUAUUCGCGCCGACAAGGUAGGAGUCGUUGCAGCAGGGCAUUCAAGUGUGCUUGCGGAAAUGGCCGGUAUCAGAAUGCCGAUUGAAAGUCACCCGCUGCAGGCACUGGUAUCCGAACCCAUAAAGCCUAUUUUGCAUACCGUUGUGAUGUCGAAUGCCGUGCAUGGAUAUAUCAGUCAGUCUGACAAGGGCGAAUUGGUUAUUGGGGCGGGAGUCGAUUCCUAUCUUGGUUAUGGUCAACGCGGCAGCUUUUCUACCAUUGAAGGCAAUGUUGCUGCAAUUGUCGAGCUGUUUCCGAUUUUCUCUCGUGUGCGAAUGCUCAGACACUGGGGGGGUAUCGUUGACGUAUGCCCCGAUGCGUGCCCCAUUAUUGGGAAAACCCCUGUAGAUGGCUUGUUUUUCAAUUGUGGCUGGGGCACUGGCGGAUUCAAGGCCACUCCGGGAUCAGGCUGGGUAUUUGCGCAUACGAUCGCACGCAACGAGCCCCACAGUUUGAAUGCACCAUUCGGACUUGACCGAUUCAUUUCGGGUGCGCUGAUUGACGAGCAUGGGGCUGCCGGUGUUGCCCACUAA